CAAAGAGUGCCUUCAAUAAGACAAUAGCAGUAAGAAAUUGGAUUCGCAUCAUGUAAAUUUAACGUUCAGUUUUUUUAUAAAGGAAUGAGUUUUAAAUAGUAAUGAUCUUCUUAUAACAAAAACUUAAUAUCUGUUUUCGUAUAACCGUGUUAUGAGGUCAAAUGGUUUUUCAAACUGAACAACUUCGCUGACCCUUAUGUGACUUUCGCCAACUUUCUUUUGAAUUCACUUAUCUUGCUGAACUAUUUUGAGCAAAUUUGCUCAAGUAGAUCUCAAAAUGGGUUGAAUAAGUCUUUAUAUUUGAACACAUCAAAAGUUGGAAUUUGGUUUAGUUUUACCAUUUGGUUCAAACUUAUUUCCAUUUCUGAAUGUCAUACUAUCAUUAGGUACUCUUAGAAACUCUGCAAUAGAUUUUUCAAAAUGAAGCAAAAUUUUCCAAAUAUCUCAAUAGUUAUAACGUUCUUACUGUUAGAUUUUGUUUCUCAAACCAAAGCUAGUUUGAAUUUAACUUACAUAACCGAAGAUAGUGAUAAUCAAGAUACAAUUUAUGAAGAUGACUCGUUAUUAGUUAUAAUCAGCUCGGAACAAUCGGGGGUCGUUAAUUGUGUGACUACUUAUCAGGGGAUUGUUAAGUUGGAAAAAGAGGGAGCGACCAAUAGUGGAAGCCAAUAUGAAACUGAGUUUAAAGUUACUGGUAUUCGACUGGGGGAAGAAUGGCUGGAAUGCUCUCAGGAACCCCCGUCAACUCCCGACGACAACGAGAUCCGAGUUCCAAUAGUCGUAAUCCGACGGCAGUCGUUGGUUGACAAAAUAUUCCCUUUCUACGUUACCAUAAUGGUGCUUAUGCUGAAUGUUGUGUUCGGAACUGAAGUCACGAUAAGGGAUAUUAGGUUCAUUUUGCUGAGACCAAAACCGUUGAUUGCAGCUGCGAUUUGUCAAUUCAUCUUGUUACCACCGUUUGGCCUGGUCAUAGCCCGUGUGUUCGCUUAUGAGCCAGAUGUAGCCCUGGGUCUGUUGAUGGUGGCAUGUGCCCCAGGAGGGGGCAACAGCAACACUGCCUCUUAUUUGGUAGGGGGCGAAGUGCCUCUAUCCAUUGCAAUGACGUUCUUCAGUACUGCUAUUGCUAUAGGUGCAAUGCCUCUCAACCUGUGGGCGUACGGUCGCUACGCUUCAAACGACCCUAACUUCUCACCCGAAACAAUCCCCUACCUCAAACUAGCCCGAACACUAAUUCUAAUCGUAAUACCAGUUGCCAUUGGGAUGGUGCUGAUUAGCAAAGCGAAUAAAAUAACGACCAAAGUGAUGAGAUUUGCAAGGCCGGUUGUGUUUGUCCUCUUUCUGACGUUCAUUGCGACAGCCAUCUAUCGCAGCCUGUUUGCUUUCCAACUGAUGCCCUUCAAGGGUUUCAUGGGAGCCCUCCUUCUCCCCGUCGGGGGGUUCACUCUGGGUGCAAUUGGGGCGGCAUGCAUGGGAUUGAGAGUGUCUCAGAUAAAAACCAUCGCGCUAGAAGUCGGCAUGCAAAAUGCAGGAAUCGUGAUCAGCAUGACUCUCGUAGUGUUCAGCCAGCCGAAAGCCGAUCUGAAUUCCAUAAUGCCGAUUUGUAUAGCUCUCAUGACGGCUGUAAUCUCCACGCCGUUUUACGUAAUUCAUUAUUUGGUGUACAAGUACAACAAAAGUUAUCGUGCAGUUUGUGAUGGCAAUAAAGAAGCGCAAUUGAUGGAACGUGAAAUGUUUGAGAAAAACGUGAUGAAAAGUUCAUUUGAGAACGAAGACGACGACGAAGAAAUGUGUCAAAAAAGCGAAACUGAAGAAAAAACGAUCGAGGCUCAGUUUUAAAUAUCAUUCUAAAGUAUAAUAAAUCAAAACUUCAUCACUAAAAAAUUCAAAUGUGAUUUUUUUUGUGAAAGAGCGAACAGGUAGAUUGUU